AUGCUGACAUUACCAAUAGAUUUGGUGCUUCACAUUUUCGAUGUGGGAAAUUUAACUAUUUCCGAUGCAUUUGCAUUAUACCAAUCCAAUAGGUUAUUGCGACAAAAACUAUCACACCCAUAUUUCUGGAAUGUGUUGUACAACAAGUUGAUAGCACCGAUAUAUGAGGAUCUUGAAAUACCCACCACCAACACUUUUCCCUCUUUGCAUUCUCUUUCAUCAUCAAAAUCACCAUCGAAAUCACCAUCGAAAUCACCAUCGAAAUCACCAUCGAAAUCAACAUCAAUAUCAUCAUUACUAUCCAAUGCAGACUAUUUCUCGCUUUGUCACUUGCAUUACCGACGGCUCUUGGAGUUGAAACAGAUCAAAUGGACUAAUUUAGCAAAAUAUAACUCAACCAAAGUGAAUACUAUGUCACAACAACUUUUGGCAGAGUUUGGUUUGGAUCCAGAGAAAACUCAAAAGCGAUACCUUAUGGACCAUUCUUAUCUACCGGCACUUUUAAACUUGCACGCACAAGAAGAAAAGAAACUAUUAGCAUUUGUUACGGAUGGGAAUGACUCAACUUUUGAUAUCACAUUGUGCGGCUUAUUGCAGUAUUUGAUCGUAAACCAAUAUUAUCGCAUUGGUUUACAAAGAUUGGAAAAGGUUACAAAGAGAACAUCUUACGAAAGCAUGGCAUUCACAUUGAGUCUUCUUGAUCGAUCUGCAUUUAGAAAAAUAUCUUGUCGAAGAAAGUUUAUUAGGGCAAAGAGGAAAUUGCUUCACAGGAAAGUUAGCACCAUGUUGCUACAUGAAUUUGAUGACAAAAAGAGGACAUCUCUCAGCGAGAUGCGCUACGCUUUUUAUGCUCGCAGUUUCCAGUUGCUACUGAAAAAUUUUAUAAGCUUGAAGAUAUGUCAAGUUACUAGUUUCAAUAGUACGCUGAUAGAAGCAUACGAUGUUCUUAAUUUGUAUGCCGGUUAUGGCUGUGCCGACCAACGACUAUUGCUUGCUGUGAUUUUGGAAAUUAUUCAACUCGAGUGGGAAAGCUUUACAGAUGAAUUUGGUUUAAAGACAAAAAUCAAUGAAGAGAGGUCUACAAAAGAAGAAAACAAACAGCAAGAGCCACAAGAGCCACAAGAGUCGCAAGAGUCGCAAGAGCCGCAAGAGCUGUAUCCUCUGCGUGAGGUUCAACCAACCAUUGUAGCUGGAUUUGCCGUGGUUGAUGAUUGCGUCAUGUCUUUUGGAAAUGGAGAGCCUUUGGUAUUUAAUGCAAAGCAACAUUCUGAAUUCGUGACGAAUCUCAGAUCAUGCAAGAAAUCAAUUUUAAACUGGUUAGUCUAUGAAAAUAAAAAAAGUAAUCUUUCCAAUUAUUUGGUAAAAAAUAGAGGGAAAUUGCCCAAUCCACAUUUAGCGUCAAAAAUGUAUUUGGAAAAGAAUGCAAUUUCAAGGAUACAAGCAAUUUAUGAUAUGGCAAGCUUUCCCUAUGAGCAAUGGAACACGAUUUUGGAGCAGUUUCUGCGCUUUGACUACGACUUUCAUGGAAUCGUGUUAAGCGAACUUAUGGGACAACAAGAGAAACAGUUUGUGCCAAGCGGCGAAAAGGGUCCGUUUUUUGGACAAUUAGUUGAGACACGAUAUUUUCCUGGAAUCAUUACAGGAAUCACUUCGGAUAAGUAUUAUAUAGUAAAGGAUGUUUGCGGAGAUAGCUUACGAGUAUCGUCCAAAUCAUGCACGCCAUGGAAGCCGUACAAAGGAAGAGCGAAAGAGCACAUUUCCAUGAUUUAUUUAUUAAAGCUUGAAGAAUUAUUCGGGCUUGGGUUUAGGAAACUAUUGUUGGAUAGAGAGUUGGCUCAAAUGAGGUUUCUGGAGUAA